AUGAUAUCUGCAAGGCCGACCUUGAGCGGCGGCGGGUGGACUGACAGACACAGCGUAACGUCUCGCAUACAGCCCGGCGACAUGCGACCGCCUACCGCCAUGCGGCUGCCAUCUGUUGGCACGUUGUUGUCACCAACUGACAUGCAGAGGCAACACUACGACCCAGGACUUCAGUCAUUGCCUCAAAACCUCUCGUACGCACACGGAGGACCUGCGCUAGAUUUUCAUAGUACAACAUUAUCGCCUGCCGUAGCUCUUCUCCCUCUACCUCGAAGUUCUUCUCCUGAAAUAGGCUCACGGCUACCACAAUCAUACCCCUAUCCCCGCGAAUUCAUCCCCUCCUCUCACUAUGUGGGCACGGUUUCCCCCAUUCGUAACCAUGACUCUGGUAAUCCAUCCCCUGACGCGAGGCUACAAAAUCUCACGGCAUACAUCACCAAGGACGGAGACUAUCCUGUUGCUCGUGGCGGGUUCGGCGAGAUCUGGAAAUGUACCUAUUCCAUAAAUCGGACAUCGAUCAAAGUCGCAGUGAAAGCGUUGCAGGUGUACGCUGCUGAUCAACUUGGUCCAGCCCAGACGAAGAAGAUCAAGAGGAUAACGCGUGAACUCAGAAUAUGUGCCAAACUCAAACACAAAAAUAUUCUGCCCGUUUAUGGCUAUACUAAUGGCUUCGGCCCAUUUAUAGCGCUAGUCAGUCCUUGGGCGGAGAAGGGAAACCUGACCGCAUAUUUAGAGCGCGAGGGUGCGGAUCUUACUCUCGUUCGACGAUUCCAGAUCCUCAAGGAUAUUAUAGCUGGUCUCCAAUAUCUACACGCUAACAGUGUCAUCCAUGGGGACUUCAAUGGACCUAAUGUGCUCAUCUAUGGUGAUGGCACUGCGUGUGUUGCCGACUUCGGCCUCUCCUUGAUGUAUUCCGAGGUUAUAAGCGCAUCUCAGGCUUCCUGGACGUCCACGCUCAAAGGAAACAUGCGAUGGAUGGCUCCUGAGCUGCUUGUACCAGAACGGGAGGAUGGAUCUCCAACUCGUCCGAGUGAGCAGAGCGACAUCUAUUCGUUUGGCGGUAUUAUGUUGCAGGUUCUCACCAACAAGAUUCCCUAUUAUUACCUGCCGAACGAUGCCACUAUUGUCCUAUGCAUAGCCAGGUCGGAAAAGCCUUCCCGAUCUCGAUAUCCUGUGCUCCUUGAGAAGUAUUGGCAGUUUAUCAAGCAAUGCUGGUCUACUGAUCCUCGGGACCGUCCAUCGACCGAGGGAGCUGACGGAGUGAUUAGGAAUGAAUUUUACUCGCUGUCCAGAUCUCCUUAA